AUGUCUCGUCAUUCUUCAUUCUCUGUCCAAGAGAAAAGUGCGGUUGAGGAGAUAGUCGGGUACAGAUUUGAAAAUGAAGGGUAUCUUUUACGCGCCCUCACCGCGAAAGGAUGCGAGUUCGCCCCUCAUGGGACGAACGACCGACUGGCAGUGCCCGGUGCGACCGUCCUAAAUCUCGUCAUAGUGGACACGGCUCACGAUACCGGUCUGGGGAAAGAGCUGAUGGACCGUGAACGCCAAAAAUGGGCGUCCAAGUCAUUCAUCGCAAGGCAGGGAUUCGCCCGAGGGCUUGACAAUUAUUUGCGUAUUUCUCAGUCUUGCCAGGGUCACUGUUCCAGUGAUCAAAUGGCUACCGCAGUGGAAGCGCUCAUCGCAGCAAUAUGGCUCGACAGCGGCAAGAAGCUGGAGACUGUCUGCGCUUCGGCUCAGCGGAUGGGAAUUCCACUUGCUGACAGAAAUCCGGAUCUAACCCAGCGCUUAGACGCCCUGGAAUACUAG